AAGCACAGGUCUCACCUGUUUCAUGUUUCUGUCUUCAGUGUCCCAGCAUGCCUCAGGGGUGGAGGUGUACGAGGGGGAGGAGUCUGUCCUGCUGCCCUGUCAGGUAUCAGCUGAUGUUUCCAGUAGCUCCACAGCAGCAGUGUGGGACCGUGAUGGGUUCAAGAACCCAACGGUUCACCUGCGUAGUCAGAGUGGUGACGAUCUUAGUGGUCAGAAUGAACUUUACCAACAUCGAACAUCAAUGAGAGCCGACGCUCUGCAGACUGGAGACCUUAGCCUCACUCUGAGGAAGCCCACAGUCUCUGACAGUGGAACCUACACCUGCAGUGCUGUCAGCUAUGGAGACAGGUUGAGGCAGAUUGAAGUACAUCUGAAGGUCACAGAACCUCCUCCAGUCUGGCACAUAGUCCUCCCAGCUGUGCUGGGUACUCUGAUCAUCCUGGCUGCUGCCUUUGGUCUGUUUGUGUGCUGUGCAUACAAAAGGAUGAAGGACAGCGAAGCUCUGCUGCCAGAGGUGGUGGAGGUGCUACAGGGGGAGAAGUCUGUCCUGCUGCCCUUUAAGACCACAGCUGACCUUCCUCAGCACGUCACAGUGGAGUGGACAGACUCCAAUGCCAUGAAGGUCCACGUGUAUGAGAGUGGAAACAAUCAGCCAGACAAACAGCACCAGAGUUACAGAGGUCGCACAGAGAUGAAGGAGGAUCCACUGAGAAACAAAGACCUCAGUCUGACCCUGAAACCCCUCCACCUCACUGACAGUGGAGUCUACACCUGCAUCGUCUACAAGAAGGAUGGACACAUGCUGCAGAAAUCAGUGACUCUCAGUGUCAGUGUUCCUCCGCCACAGGUGGUGAAUGCAACAGAUGCAGACGAGUCUGUCCUGCUGCCCUUUACAACCAAGGCCGACCUUCCUCAGCACGUCACAGUGGAGUGGACACUCACUGAACCCACAGAGAGGAAGGUCCACGUGUAUGAGAGUGAAAACAAUCAGUCACACAACCAAGACCAGGAUUACAGAGAUCGCACAGAGAUGAAGGAAGACCCACUGGGAACCAAAGACCUCAGUCUGACCCUGAAAGACCUCCACCUCACUAACAGUGGAGUCUACACCUGCACCGUCUACAACAAGGAUGGACACAUGCUGCUACAGAAAGCAGUGACUCUCAGAGUCAGAGAGAGUGUGCCAGACAUUGUGCAGGUGCGACAAGGAAAGAAGUCUGUCCAGCUGCCCUUAAAAACCACAGCUGUCCUUCCUCAGGACGUCACAGUGGAGUGGACAGACUCCAAUAACAAGAAGGUCCACGUGUAUGAGAGUGGAAACAAUCAGCCAGAUGAACAGGACCAGGUUUACAAAGGUCACACAAAGAUGAAUGAAGAUCCACUGAGAACUGGAAACCUCAGUCUGACCCUGAAAGACCGCCACCUCAUUGACAGUGGAGUCUACACCUGCACCGUCAAGAAGAAGGAUGGAGACAAGCUGCUGCAGAAAUCAGUGACUCUCCAUGUCUAUGACACUGUGAGGAGGUUGGGGACAGUGUAUGGAAACAAGUCUUAUUUGCUAGAAUUUCAAAAAACAGAUAAACUUGAUCAGAUUUCCAAAGUGGAGUGGAAACAUAUACACCCCAAAUACAAGUCCAUAAAGGAAAUAACACGCCAUCAGGGAAAUGAGAAAGACCUCAGUCUGAACCUGGAAGACCUCCACCUCACUGACAGUGGAAUCUACACCUGCACCGCCUACAACAAGGAUGGAGCCAUCCUGCUAAGGCAAUCAGUGAUAUUUGGUGUCAGAGACUUCCAGGUGGAAGUGGUGGAGGUGACAGAGGGGGAGGAGUCUGUCCUGCUGCCCUUUAAAACCACAGCUGACCUUCAUCAUGUUGUCAGCGUGUACUGGACUGUCUCUGAACCCACAGAGAAGAUUGUCUAUUGCCUUGAUGUGUAUAAAAACAAUCAGCAAGGUGUACAGGACGAGUCUUACAGAGGUCGCACAGAGAUGAAUGAAGAUCCACUGAUCACUGGAGACCUCAGUCUGACCCUGAAAAAGCCCCUCCCCACUGACAGUCAUAGCUACACCUGCACGGUCUGCAACAAGGAUGGACGCACCCUGGUACAGAAAGUCGUGAUUCUCAGAGUCAGAGCAUCCUUAAAGGAAACCAUGGCAGCCAUGCUUCCAUGUCUCAGGAGGAAGAGGGCACCAAAACCUGAGGUCAAAGAGGACGUGAGGUAUGUUUGCAGGGUCACAGAGGUGUGUUUACCUGUCACCAUGGUAACUGCAGCUGGUCCAGUUUCAAUGAGCUGCACUUUCUUUAUAUCAUAAGAAGAAAAAGAAAAA